UUAACUUUUAUAAUAAUACCGCUUAAUAUCAGGUCGAUCAUUAGCCCGCCUGGUCAUGUACGUAUGUGUUCCCAGGUGAGAGUAUAGUGAUAUGCUCGGGUCGCGACUGGGGAGCCCUGCGUGCGAUGCUCAGUGCGGCUCUGCCCCCGGUCCGCUCCCAGCUGGGCCGGGCGGGAGCAGGCUCGUUACUGCUCAGUGCGGUCGCCCUGCGGCUGGCGACGCGGCCUCGUACGCUCAGAGAUGUUCUUUCUUGCUCGCUACUACCUGCUUCGGUCACGCCAGAAUGUUUGGACGAUCUGUGCAAUGAGACAAUGCGCAGUUUACUAAAAACUGGUGCAUUAGAAUUCCUGGGCAACAAGCAGCCGGCCGACGAUGACGAUAUAAUUGGCAAAUGCAGUGAUUGGGAGCUCAUAGUUAGCGCGCUUGGGAAAGCUGCCAUCAAAGGUUGCCUGGAGCUGGAUGUUGCGCGACGGUUCUCAGAUGACGUCCGCGUGGUGUCCCGCUCGCUGGUGCUGGUGGGGAGCCUGCACCUCAUCUACCUGGUGACGCCGCACGAGCCCGGCCUCACGCUGGACUAUAGGCAUUACUACUCGCUGUACUGCAGUCUUGACGAUGAAGGUUUGCAAUGUGCCAAGGUGCUGGGCAUCACGGAGAGCAAUGCUGUUCGUAUGAUAACAGGGAGACCCAUAACCAACAUAUCGCAAACUGUACUGAAACGGUUCUACGCCGCGCUGAUAAUACGAGAUCUCUGGAAAUUGGUUCCACUGCCUCAAGUUGCUGACAAAUACAACGUGGGGCGCGGCUGGAUCCAGUCCCUGAUGACGUCAUGCUCGUCGCUGGCGGCGAGCGGCGAGCGUGUGUGCGAGCAGCUCGCCGAGCACGAAGGCGGCCCGUUUGCUUCGUUCCAACUGUUGCUGCGCGAGCUCGCUGGCCGCCUGAGGCAUUGUGCGCAUCCGGAGAUAGAGGCGCUCAUGGAGCUGCCCGCUGUUAGAAAGGCUCGGGCGAUGCAGCUGUUCCGUAGCGGGUUCCGCAGCGUGGCGGAAGUGGCGCGCGCCUCUCCCCAGCAGCUAGCGGGAGCCGUGCAGCAUUUGUCGCUGGCUGCUGCCGAGCACCUCAUCAGUGCGGCGAGGAUGAUGCUGAUAGAGAAAGUGGAAAACUUGCGCGCCGAAGCAGAAGAUGUGAUGGAAGGACUUCAAGUGUGAUAAAUAAUAAAUAUAUCAUGUAUAAAGAUGUCUAAUAAAUUAUAAGAAAUCUUG